AUGAGUUGUCAGAAAGAACAAUCUUGCUUGCUUUGCUGUCAUGCCGUUUGGAACUUGGAAGUAUAUUCCACAACCUUCAUAUCUUCCAAAUUCUCUCCAUUCAAACACCAAUCGCAAAAAUCGCCCAUCAGUAUCGAAUUUGAACUGCUGAGAUGACAUCAUUCUCAUCGUCACCACCGCCGGCGAAGAGUCCAACACCUACAGCGCCACCAGAUGUGGAGAACGAGAACACUGAUCCGACGCAAACGCCUCUACCUCCUCCACCGGGAUACGGCGUCACCGGAAUUUUAAGACGAUGGAGGCAUGAAGACACGCUUAAAAGAGUAUCUCUAGGAUUGAGAGUUUUAGGUUUUGUUUUCUCGGUGCUUGCGUUCAUAAUCAUGGCUAGUAACAAGCAUGGUCGGGGGAGGAAUUUCGAUGAAUACGAAGAAUACAGGUAUGCAUUGGCGAUUGCGAUUUUGUCAACGUUAUACACAGGAUUGCAAUCGUGGAGGCAGAUUUACGAGAUGUCGAACGGAAAACAGAUAAUUUCCGGCCGGAAUUUGGCGCUGAUUAAUUUCUUCGGUGAUCAGAAAGAAACGGCGUUUGACUUUGACUAA